AUGAACGAGUUGAGUUUAGUGAAAGUGGUCUGCGAUCAGAAAUAUUUGGUCUUUAGAAAUGUGAACGAUACGGUUUUGCCUGUGGGUACAUUCAGGAUGUGCCUGAAGACCAAUAUUCUGGAUCUGUCCAAUAACAAGCUGGAAGCGAUCAGAGCUGGAGCAUUCUUGGGUUUAACUUCCUUAACGGAACUCUACUUAUCCAAUAACAGAAUAGAAGAAAUCGAACCGGGAACUUUCCACACUCUCUCCAAAUUGCAAACGUUCACGAUGACCGGAAACAGUAUCAAAACUCUACCCGAAUACGAAUUCACGAGCCCCAAAAUCAAAUACUUUAACUUGAACAACAACAAUUUGGACUACCUGCCCUCUACGGCUUUGGUGAAUCUCAAGUAUAUAACGCUCUUGGAUCUAUCGAUGAACGGUUUGGCAGAAAUGGAUCCAGCGUCCUUGAUCAAUGUACAACCUGGAGCUACCAUAAUCCUCAAUAACAACAAGUUAUCAAACAUUUCCUUCAGAGUGAACACGACCGUUAUCAAACCAAAGGUGUUUUCCAUCUUGAAACUCUCUGGUAACCUCAUCGCGACUCUAAUGAGAGCCAGCUUAGGGCAGCUGUACAAGCUGAACUUGAUCACGUUGGAUUUGAGCUUCAAUCAAAUCAACUUCAUCCAGAGCGGCGUUUUCCGUGACUUUGGUUCAAUCGCAAAUUUGUUUAUAAGUCACAACGAACUGGAUCAUCUGAACGAGAACGUUUUUCGCGACCUGAAAAAAUUGAAACUGCUGGAUUUGUCAUACAACAGGAUCACCACCCAAGUGUUCGAUUUGGUGUUGAGCGAUACCAUCAAAUACUUGAAUUACAGCAAUAACAACAUUGAAACUCUUGUGGAUUUCAAGUGGGUUUACCACACGGCGAAGAAGGACAUCGAUUUGGAUGUGAGCGCAAAUAAACUCGAUUACUUGGACGCCAAUCGCUUCAGCUCUAAAGUGAGAAGGGUAUCGUUAGCUCACAACAACUGGAAAUGCAGUGUCCUAUACAACAUCAUCCAGAUUCUGGAGAGUCGUCACAUCGCCGUCUACGAAGGAGAUAACUACAUGGUCGAUAACGUUAAUGGAAUCCCUUGCAGAUCGAACCACGGAAAGAAGUUUUCUUACACGAAUUCAAGACACGAGAAGGCCAGGAUGACCGCCCUUAACAACGCAUCUGAAAUUGAUGACUUGAUAAGUAACGGUUCAGGCGCAAACAAUUUAUCAAACAUUCUUCUUGUAUAUAUUAUUGCCAUCAUCAUUGUAUUAGUGUAA